AUGCCCAAGCAUGCCACUCAUCGCAGCCAGCGUACCCGCGCUACGCCAUACGACCGCGCAUACCAAACCACAAUCGCCCGUCUCAGAGUUGCAAACGAAAGGAUCGAGAUGCUCAAGACAGAAAUCGACGUAACCACUACCAAAAGGCAUCUCUGGAAAGCCAAGUACAAUCAGAUCUACGAAUUGAUCGACGACAUGCUCAAGUACGCCAAGGCAUUUAUCGAUAGAUGUGAGGAUGACAUGGAGGCCAAGCAUGCGGAACCAGGUCUUCGGUUGCAGAUGAUCCAUCUUCAGAAGAAAUUAAUUUGGCUGGUGGGAGGUAUCUUGGGGAUUAUACUGGGAUAUAGAGCAGGGUUGAGGAUAGAGGAUGUCUGGUACAUCACCAAUCUAUCAUUUUGGAUGUUUUAUUCUAUUGUUGUGUGA